CUAUCUUACACACAGCACUUAAUUGCUUAUGAGUAACCUCCUUAAAGUUGGUAGCAGUAGUAAGAAGAGAAAACAGAGUGACCCAGUGAAAGAGAAGAAGAAAGCAGUUAAACGGAAAAAGACCAACCCACAAGCUGCAAAGUGCCUCAGCUGUGGACAAGAUGGCCAUACCACUGCUCGUUCGCAAAAACUUUGCAGACCUUGUGGAGGAAAAGGUUUCGCUUCUGUCAUUAGCGGCCGAUCCAGUCAAAUUUGUCAAGCCCUUGUGGUUUAUCCAAGACUACUACGAAGAAGAGCAUUCUAAUCAUCUUCCCUACGAUGUUCGUAGGUUACCAUUACCUCAUCGCUUCUUCCCUUUUCCAACUCCCUCAGGCUCGUCUGAACAGUCUAAGAGAUAUACUAUUUAUAUACUAAAAUAUUUAGAGAUCCUCUUCUCAUUCUAUGGGCCUGGUAUGGGUGAAACAAGAUUCCGUCUGUAUCAAGGCAGCAAGUGUGCUACAGAUACAAUGGUAAGCAUGCUAAGCGAUGCAGGUAUCAAAUACAACAAAGAGAAGGGAAGAACAGACGAAAUGGCCAAAGAAGAAGGGCAAACCUAAGCUUCGUAAAAGAAAAAAAAAAAAAAAAAAAGAAACCAAAAA